AUGGGCUUUGAUAAACCUCUGACUGGAAAAAUUGUGGAUUGUGAAGCGGUGGUAUUUGCAGAUUUUAAUGGUGGAAAGAUGCUGCUGGACCAAAAUGAAACUUGGCUCUCUAAUUUCUCCUCUGCUGCCUCCUCCUUUGUGAAAGGCAGGGGCAACUCAGCAGGGAUCGGCCUCCAGGAGGUGGUCAUCGGGCUGAUACUGACCCUCAUUGACUUGAUCACGCUCCUGGGAAAUACAGUAGUCUUCAUCUGUCCAGUGGUGGAAAAGAGGCUGCGCACUGUCACCUAUAUGUUUAUAAUGUCCUUAGCCAUGGCGGACUUCCUUGUCGCUUGUCUGGUCAUGCCCUUUAGUAUCAUUUACGAGGUGACGGGGAUGUGGUUGUUCGGGAAGCUGUUCUGCAAAGUCUGGAUCUCCUUUGAUGUCAUGUUCUGUACUGCAUCCAUUGUCACCUUGUGCUUUAUCAGCCUGGACAGGUACUGCUCCGUGGUGACCCCAUACCACUAUUCCAGAAGGAUGUCCCGUGGCAGAUGCAUCGUGAUGACCUGCACGGUCUGGGUGUACUCUUCCCUCAUUUCCUUUCUUCCUGUCAUGCAAGGCUGGAAUGAGAUCCCCGGGGUGGACUUCGAUGCAGGCAGAGAAUGCAUCUUUGUCACCAACUGGAUUUUUGCCAUCGUGGCUUCUGCUCUGGCAUUUUUUGUUCCCUUCAUGGUCAUGUGCAGCAUGUAUUUCUUCAUCUACCGAGCUUCACGGCUCAAGGCCACUCGUAUCAUGUCUCAGACGCUGGAGAUCCACUACCACCCUAACAGCAAGCGGCAGAACCAUCUGCAGCUGGAGAACAAGGCCACGCGAACCAUUAGCAUCAUCAUUUCAGUUUUUGUGCUGUGCUGGCUGCCGUACUUUGUCCUAAACGUUUGGCUGGCUGCCAGAGGCACUGACUCCACCAGCACUGUCUUAGUUGACACCUUCAAGAUCAUCACUUGGUUAGGUUAUUGCAACUCCACCAUCAACCCAAUGCUCUAUGCUUUCCUGAACCGGGACUUCCAACGGGCCCUGAAAAAGCUGCUCAUUUGCAGGCACAGGUCUCAGGUGGAUAUUGGAGAAGACAUGGUUUCCAUAGCCACGUUCUCCAAGACUGCUCCAGACCUAGAAUACAGCAUUACAGUGCCAGUGCCCAACGGUGCCCUGAAGGGCAAACCCAAGUAAUAGGGAUUCAGAAUCACUUGCUGGAGGUGGCGGUACAGAAAGUGCCAGAGAACAUCCUCAUGGAAAAAUAACAGGUAGGAAAAUAUGGGAAGGAGGGGCUGGAAUAUUACAGCUGGGGGCAUACAACAAAGAUGCAUUUCCUCAUCUUCCACCGUUCUACGAACAAGGAACUUUAAUAUUUUAGGGGCAAUUCAUUAUAACUAAUGGAGCUAAUUCCUUCCUGGGUAAUUAUUUUUUUAAUGAGCAUUUCCUAAGAAAAAUUCAACCUUGACGCUGGGGGAAAAAAAAAAAAGUCAGUGUGAUAAUAUGAACUUUGUGUACAUCCUGGUGAUCUGCAGCAUAAUGUGGAACAGUAUUUCUUUCUCAUCAAGCCACUGUAGCUGUCAUCUUGCAGCCAUGUUAUGAAUUUGACCGGUUUUAAUAACUCCCUGUGUGUCGGCAUAGGGGAGUUAGGAGGGAUGCGGUCAAAGAGCAGAGGUCACUUCUUUGCAAAGGCACCACCCUGCAGUCUGGGCUGUUGCUCAGGGUUCAGCUCACUUGCUUCUGAAAUAUUGAGAGGUUCAGAUCUUUCAGUGGCUUUCUGUGAAAUAUCUGUGAGUUUCCUCAUUAACUCUGGAAGGGAAUAUCCUAUGUGGCAGACCCCAGGAGAUAAGAACGACUUGCUGUAACACCGAGAGCACUGAGUGCCCAGGGGGUUCAAAAGGGGCUACAGGUGACCGACACCAGCCAAAGAGGGGAUCUGAAGAGGGUUAUCACUUACCUGUGUGUUGUGCACCGUGAUGUCUACACCUUGAUGCUGUAAGCGUAGCUACAGAGUACUGCUGGGCCACACAGCCAUUAAAAAAAAAAAAAAAAAAAAAAACAACCGAAAAAACCAAAAGGGAACGAUCACUUUUACCACUCCUAAAUGCUUGCCUGGACUUCAGGCACCAGUGGCUCCCUGCAGGAGGGCCAUGGAGUACCGCACUGAGGGAUGAAUGAAAAGGCAUUACUGCUCCCAAACGUCUCUGCAGCAUUAUAACAGUGAGUAAAAGCAGGAGCGGAGCCCCCAGGACCACAGCUUUUCUGUAGCAGAGUCAUCCAAGGGCCGGUGACCGCUGAGACAACAGCCAUCGCUUCCCCCAGCACUCUUCUGGCAGGGUCUCACGCUAGUUUGCAUGGGAGAAUCACUGCGAUCGGAGCCUGCUCUUAGGCUGAUCUUCUAUGGACUUGAAACACGACAAGGAUGGUUCCUAGAACAGCUUUUUCCGAGUGCUCAAUCACAUACUUGGGACUGGGCAAGGCUUCUCCAGCCUGGGAAGCAGAGCAAAUGCAGCAGAAAGAUAUCCAGGCUAACAUUUGAUGCUAAAACUACUGGACUGAAACACUUGAGGGGUGAAGAAUGUCACUUUCUUAAUAAAUAAAAAAAGGAGGGGCGUUAGUGAAAGUCCUGAGUCCUUCUGCUCUUCUGCUUCCAAGACAGCAGAGGACUGUCCUUAGAGGCAUAGCAAAAAGCAAGUAGCUACUGCCUGGAGCAGCUCAGCUACAGCAGGCACUGGUACAAGGGUCAGAAGUUCUCUCUCAAGAGCCUGGUAGAAGAAACAGCCCUGACAGGGGGUUGCACAGUGUUACUCCUGUCAAGUUCAUGGAGUGGGUUAGGUCACCCAGCUUCUAAGACACCACCACCAACGUGGAAGUGGUAAGGAGAAUAACUACACAAUCCUGCCCUCACCUGGGGGGAAGCACCUAGGUCCAGUGGGCACAAAGGUGGAUGGGGCAGGAUUCUUGCUUCUGCCACCCAGUUAAUUUUGAUAAAAGAGGAGAAGGAACUGUGUGUCAGCCCCGAGAGCUAUGGGGGAAAGGGAGCUGAGGGACAGGCAACAGUUAACAGGGAAAUCCAAGGGAAGAGGACUCACUUAACUGUCCUCUGUUUAAACUCACCAAGUUCCUUUUCUGACCAACUACUCACUGCAGCAUUCUGCCUUCAACCAGACAAGCCAGUAUCUAGCAGAGUUAUCCAAGAGCACAAGGAAGACAAGCUUUGUAAUCCACUUUUGCCUUACCAUAAACCAGCUGAGCCUCUGCAGCUUUAAGUGCUAGUCGUAGUGUCACACCACGGUACAGUGAUCCCCAGAAGGAUUUGAAUCAAACAACUUUUUA